AAGCGAGUACAGCAGUGGCUGCAGCAGCUUGACGCUCCACCUCCAUCCUUCCCAUCUCAGCCAGGGGAACCCUUUUGCUUCUCGGGCCUGCUCCUUUUAGAGCCGCCCCCGAAGGACGUGCCGAGGUUUGCCUUCCCUACAGCAUCCUUGCAUUUCCUGGUUGAAGUGGGCGAGUGCCGGAGUAGAAAGUUUACGGCUGGCAGGUCCCACCCCGGGGUGUGUGGGAGGCUCGGUUCCUCCGCCCCCUGCAGGCUGUCCGCGGCGGCUGGCUCUAAGUGGCACGGUUUUCUCCGGUUGCUUCUCCGUGCUGCGAGCGGAGAGAGGGCGCGCUGCAGGGAUCCGCGCAUGGCUCUUGUUACUGUCUGUCGGUCUCCGUCGGGCAGCGGCCACUCGACACCCACCGGCUGCAAGGAUGAAGAUCUUCCCAGGAAGAGACAGUUGCAAAGACGACACAGCUUUGUCAUGGUCAAAGGAGCUGCUCUGCUUCUGCAAGAAGAAGAAAAGCUUGAGGCCCUGCAGGAGAGCCCAGCCCCUUCAGACCACAAGCAGAGUGGGAAUGCUGCAGGACAGCAGGAGUUGCACUUACAGCAAAUGGUGGGGCUCCUACGGCCACAAGACAUCAUCCGGCUGGCUGUGAGGCUAGAGUCAGCUCGAGCUCACAGAAUCCGGUACCUGCUGGUUGUGUCAGCGUCAGAGAUAGAGAGCCAGAGUGAGAUGGUGCUGCUUGGAGUGGACUUUCCUGAAGAAGGCUCAGCUGCCUGCACCCUGGGGAUGGUGCUGCCACUCUGGAGUGACACCCAGGUCUUCCUUGAUGGUGAUGGGGGAUUCAGUGUGACCUCUGGGGGGCAGACACGUAUCUUUAAGCCCAUCUCUGUCCAGACUAUGUGGUCAGCACUGCAGGUUCUACACAAGGCAUGCAGUGAAGCAGUCUGCAACAAUAAUUUCCCAGGUGGCAGCGCAUUGAGCUGGACUGAGUGGUACCAGAAGGCGGUGACCUCUGAGCAAAGUUGCAUUAAUGAGUGGCUGGCCAUGUCUGACCUGGAGUCUGUGCGGCCCAGUUCUCCUGCAGUUUCUUCAGACCAGCCGACAGCACAGGAGAUGACAGAACGGAUGAUCCGGGCCAAGCUGCGUGAGGUGAUGGCCAUCACUGACCUGGAGAGCAUCACCUCCAAGGAGAUUCGCACAGAACUGGAGCACCGAGCUGGUUGCAGCCUGGAGGACUACAAGGAAUUUAUUGAUAAUGAGAUGCUGCUUAUAAUGGCUCAGAUGGAUUGGCCAUCCAGGAUCUUUGACCACCUCUAUCUGGGCUCUGAAUGGAAUGCAGCCAACCUCGAGGAGCUUCAGAAGAACAAUAUCAGCCACAUCCUCAAUGUAACCCGUGAGAUUGACAACUUCUUCCCAGAGCAUUUCACGUACAUGAAUGUGCGGCUGUAUGAUGAGGAAACUGCACAGCUACUGCCACACUGGAAGGAGACCUACAGCUUCAUUUCAGCUGCCCGAAAACAAGGAUCAAGGGCACUGGUGCACUGCAAGAUGGGUGUGAGUCGCUCGGCCUCCACAGUCAUUGCCUACACUAUGAAGGAGUAUGGCUGGUCACUGGAACGGGCCCUUUGCCAUGUGCGGGAACGGCGUCCAAUCAUCCACCCUAAUCCAGGUUUCAUGAGACAGCUGGAACUUUACCAGGGUAUUCUGGAUGCCAGCCGACAUAGCAGCCUGUGGGAACAAAAGGUGGAUGACGCUCAGUCAGAAGGUUCUUCGGACAUAAGUGAUGCCAGUAGUGAUCCUUCAGAAAGCCCAGACUAUGAGACAGUAAGCUUGGAGGAAGACCCACAGGAGCCAGUAACAACACCCCAGUAUUGCUUUCGACCUCUGCGGGAACCCCCUGAAGAACUAAACCAGCCUCUGGACCCACCAGAUGAUGCCCAACUUAGUCUCCUGGAGACAGAGGAACACGGGGCAUCCGAUGAUUCAGGGGCUGAGGAAGUGCGGAGACACCUGGCUACAAUGAGAGUAUCAGAGCAGGCAGCCCAGCCCCGACGAGAGCGCAUUAACCUCUAUGCAGUCAUGCGCAGCAUCAGUGAGAUGGAUAGCCCAGAACACAUCCCCAUGCCAGAGUGUGCCACAGAAGAAGAGGUAAGGGUAUUUCUUCAUUCCGAGAGGAAAACCCCUGUUGCGUCUGAGUCAUCCCCCUCAAAUGAAGAGAAAUCAAGAGGAGCAACAGACUCUUCAGCAAAACAGGGCUUCUUGAAAAAAGAAUGGGUGCAGUGCCGCAAGGCUGGGCGCCGUGGGCGUAGGGCUCCUAAAGGCCAUUCCCAGCUUUGCAAGCAGCUCUCAUACCACCCAGCUAAAGGCCGUGUGCGUAAAGCUGUCAGGUGCAUGGAAGGCCCCAUCCCAUUCUGCCGCAAGCCCCCCUUACAGCACCGCCUCUCUGUGGCCCAGCUAGCUGAUGCUGCCCUGGUGGUGAGCCGGGCCAAAGAGUUUGAGGGACACACAAAUCCGGAAAGCCCUGAUAAGGUCCGGUCGCCUUCUCCACACGAUCCCCAUCCUGGGGAGGACAAUGUCUUAAGUCCUAUAUCUGGUUCUCGAUCCCGGCGGAUGGUGCGCCAGGCCAGCAUAGACAUGGACCCCAGCUCAGGAUAAAGGCUGCCUCUACGUACCUCCCUCCCUAUACACUGUCGUUAAGUGGAGUGACACAUGGAGCACGGAGGCUGAACAGAGAAUCGCGCUCUAUUGCAUAGUUGCCUUUCCUCUGCCUUGAAGCUAGUCUCACAUUGUCCUGGGAGCCAAGUAUCUGCUUAAGAGGAGAACAGCAAGGAGCAAGAAAGGAGACCACAGCCACCUUGCGAGCUCAACUUCACAAUUGUUCCACAGAUAAUGGGCAGAACUGAGGCAGGAAAGGAGCACUGCUUUGGUGGGGGCUCGUUACGUACACUUGUUUCAGACCUCACAAUGGCCUUGAACGUUGUACAGCUCUAUGUGGAGGCAUUACAUGCCAUGUUCUGUUACAGGCCACCUUUGAAUGUUCUUUCAAUUGCUUUGAUGCCACUGAGCACUUCUUUAUGGAGCCAGGGCAGCAGCCUUUCACUGUGAUCCAUGGGGGGAAGAAACUGUCCCUGCUCAUCUUUGCACACCCACCUACUGUGCCAUUGCCAGCUUCACUCAGCCAGUGAAUAAACUUGCUUUCCACUUGUCCUUUC